AAACGGAACUUUUACGUCGUAUGAUUCAAUCUAUAGCUUUGUGAUUGUCCGUUAGAAGGUGUGUGUAACGUUCCACUUCACAACACCCACGGACCCGGGUGUAUACCCUCACGUGAUGCGCUGCCUUAGAAACAAGGCGCUAUGUUGGUUAGCGUCUAAGCAUUGGCUGAGGGCUCGUGACGUCACCCGUUGCCUAGCCGUAUACGAACAGCUGCUACCGUGGCGCACGUCUGCCACAAAAUAGACGCAGCCGAGUCCGGGGAGCAGGAACAGUUGUUGUUAGGCGAAUUCCCAGCCAAUAGGAGGCGUGCUCGUGGGUGGCCCCGCCCAUAUCACUGACCACACCGCUGUGCAACCGAACGGAGACAAAAAGAGCAGAGUGAUUGAGCAGAACGGUGGAGGUUUAAAGAUAGAGGCACAAUGGCAGACAACCAGAAUGGUACUCACCAAGGCGAGGACAAUAUUGAUGCCGGAUCAUAUGUUUCUAGCCACCAUGUAAACAUAAAAGGUGGUACAACAAAAGAUCAGGCAUCAAAAUUUGCUCAUCGAUUCUCAUAUAAGAUGGACUAUCCAGAAAUGGGAUUAUGUGUUAUUUUCAACAACAAAAACUUUCAUCCAUCCACAAGAAUGGGAAUGCGUAAUGGAACUGAUAUGGAUGCCAGAAGGCUGAUUGACACCUUCAAGUCUUUAGGCUAUAAGGUUGAAAUUUACAAUGAUCAAAAGUGUGCUGAUAUUUUUGGGCGUCUUAAAAAAGUAUCUGAGGACGACCACAGCAACAGAAGUUCAUUUGUGUGUGCACUUUUGAGUCAUGGAGAAGAUGGCCUGCUGUACGGCGUGGACAGUUCUAUGCCUAUUAAGAAUCUGACCAAUCUUUUCCGUGGUGACCGUUGCAAGACCUUAGUGGGCAAGCCAAAAUUAUUCUUUAUCCAGGCCUGCAGAGGUACCGACCUAGACCCAGGAGUUGAAACAGACAGUGGCAGUGGACCAUCUGAAGAAACCUACAGAAUCCCAGUUGAAGCGGAUUUCCUUUAUGCCUAUUCAACAGUCCCAGGGUAUUAUUCCUGGAGAAAUACCGUGAAUGGCUCCUGGUUUAUUCAGUCACUUUGUGAAAUGCUGAAAUUACAUGGCAAGACCCUUGAACUUGUGCAGAUCCUCACCUGUGUUAACCAUAUGGUGGCUCUGGAAUUUGAAUCCUGCUCCAAUGAAAUAAAUUUUCAUGCGAAGAAACAGAUCCCGUGUGUGGUGUCAAUGCUCACAAAGGCACUGUGCUUUCCAUAAGGCAAGAAAGACUUGCUGUUAUUGGCAUGCUGAAACUCAGAACGCAAUGUCUGUUCAUUCCAUACAGAGAAGCAUGUGCAAGAGUUUACAUGCCGGCAAAUGUAUGCUGGGAUCAUACAACAAGGCCUAAGGGCAACCGUUCAGGAACAGCUUUUACGUUUAUUUCAAAGGGAAUAGGUAAAAACACAGCAAUGAUGUAGUAAAACUGAUUGUAUACAUUGUGUAUGAUGCAUUUCUUUUUGUUACAAGUGCAUGUGCUAUUUGUAGUGUUUGUUCACUUUAUAUGCAAUUAAAAUGGACACUCUUUUUAUGUUUUUUAUUCUAAAACACUUUUUUUUUCCUAGAAAACAGAAAAAAAAAUCUAUCAGGGAACAUGAGCUAUUUGUAGCAUGAAAUAAUAUUACUUGAUUUCUGUUGUCAAACUUGAAUUGCUGAUACUUUGAGCUCAGUAAGGGCUGCACAUCUUUAGGCUGUAGCCCUGGUAUAUUAAUUUUACAAAUUGAACUGAAUACCUUCAUUAUUGUAUUUUUUUUUUCACUGUGUAACUAUUACUUUACCUUAGAAAAGGGCUCAGAACUCCAAAUCUAGUGUGUGUGUGUGUGUGUGUUUAUAUAUUAUAUAUAAUAUAAUUGUAUGUGUAUAUAAUAUAUAGUGUGUGUGUGCUUGAAUUGUGGAUGAUCUUGAUGUUCCCAAUGACAAAUUACAUGUAUAACCAGGUUGGCCAUAGAUAAGCACAGGGCCCAUUUUAUAUAGCUUAUUAUUGUUCUACUAGUUUCUUAGAUUAUGUGAGACAGUUCCCGUUACUGCCAUGCAUCACAGCCCAGCUUAUUACGAUUUGAAACCGUGUAGGGAGUCAGUUGUGUCACUAACUGUUCCGAACACUGGAGCUGGUGCCGUGAGCUUGUGACGUUAUAGCCCCACCCCCUCUUGACAUCACGCCCGCCCCCUCAAUGCAAGUCUAUGGGAGGGGGCGUGACAGUCAUCACGCCCUCUCCCAUAGACAUGCUUUGAAGGGGUGGGGCUAUGAUGUCACAAGCUCACGGCGCCGGCUCCAGCGUUCGGAACAGUUUGUUCCAAGCGCUGAGCAGCAUAGUACCCCUUUAAGCCAGAUGUACCAUAUGAAAAAUAGGUAAAGGGGAAAAGGUGCGCUCCUAGUGAAAUACUGUCAGAAGUACAGGUGUGCAAUUAAUUGCACCUUACCGGGUGGUGCUGUACUUAGAGUACAACACCUUAGAUGGCAUGUAGACUCGCUCGUGUAGUGAUGUGAAGAGGUGGCUGCCUCGGCGUCCUUGCCCGUGACCACACAUUACAGUUGAAAUUGAAGUAAUAGAACUAAAAAGUAGGUCAAUCCGGAUUGCGCCUUCUUUAAUAUAAAUAGAAUGUAAAAAUUGCCAAUCUGGUAUAAAAGGCAAUAUAAAUAUUGCCUUUUAUACCAGAUCGGCAAUUUUUACGUUCUAUUUAUAUAAAGGAAGGCGCCAUACGGAUUGUUCUAUUACUUCAAUUUCAGAUGUACCAUAUGGACACAUUCACAACUAGGGUACAAAAGUGCCAUUGAUGUGAUUGUUCUUUGCAGAUCACCCUAGAGGGCUGCUCUAUUUGUAUAUUGCAGCUGCUUUAUUGAGGUGAUUGUUAUUUUAAUGAUGCCCUAAGUUUUUUCAGAAAAUCCAUUUUCUAAUACCCUUUUUGGGAGCUGGAUAGAUCUUUCACCUACAGCAGAGAUUAAGAUUUAUCCAAACUUGUCUCUUCCUAUUCAGAACGCAUAGAUGCUUAGUCAAAAAAAACAUGUGCUGGUGGAAUGGCUAGAAGGAUAAGUUGUUGGCCAAAUAAGUGUUCAUCGACAGCUAUCUAAUAAGUAUGGCCAGCCUAAGGGCCCCAUUAUAUUGCCCAAACUGGCCCACAUUGCCCUAUGUAAUAGAGCCAGCGAUUAGCCGACAAACACAGGUUGUUUUGACAGGCUAAAAAAAAUCAUUGUCCACUGGCCACACCUCUCCCCGUGUAAUAGUGAAUGCACAGCCAAGGGCUGAUUACACCGAAAGGCCAAACACCAAUCCAAUGAUCAUGUAAUGAGAGGCUUAAAUAUAAAAUUGGUUAAGUAAUGCAUUGUAGUGUACAUAGAUUUAGAAUGUUUGUUUUUUUAUGCAGAUUUCUAAAAUGUAUAGUUCCAGCGUUAACAAAGUUUAAAAAAAAAAAAAAAGUCAUGUUGCAUGUACAUUCUUGUACUCUCUCUUGCUGUGAUGGAAGCUUGUGUGCUCAGUUUAUGAAUAAAUACAAUCUUCUUAACCUUU